AUGGAAAAACUAAAACCAAACCCUGCAAACACCUCCCCUCUCACACCCCUCACCUUUCUAGAACGAGCAUCAACAAUCUACAACGAUGUUCCUUCAAUUAUCUACAACGACACCGUUUUCACAUGGUCCCAAACCCACCGCCGAUGUCUCCAACUCGCCUCCGCAAUCACCUCCCUCGGAAUCCGCCGCGGAAACGUCGUUUCCGUCAUCGCUCCCAACAUCCCCGCCAUGUAUGAACUCCACUUCGCCGUCCCCUUCGCCGGCGCAAUCCUCAACAACAUCAACACGCGCCUCGACGCGCGUAUUGUCUCCAAUAUCCUCAUCCACUCCGAGUCUAAACUCGUUUUCGUCGAUUACGCCACACGUGAUCUGGUACUCGAAGCUUUGUUAUUGUUUCCUUCUUCGCAACAACGUCCUCUUCUAAUCCUCAUCAAAGACGAUGAAGAAACAGCAUCAUCUACCGUUGGUUUCAUCUCUACUUACGAUGAUCUAAUAAUGAACGGUGAUCCAGAUUUUAACUGGGUUCAUCCUGUUUCCGAGUGGGACCCGAUGAUUCUCAACUACACUUCCGGAACGACGUCGUCUCCCAAAGGUGUAGUUCAUUCCCACCGAGGAGCUUUCAUCGUGACCCUCGAUUCUUUAAUCGAAUGGUCAGUUCCUAAACAACCGGUUUAUCUCUGGACGUUACCGAUGUUCCACGCUAACGGGUGGAGCUUCCCGUGGGGGAUCGCAGCCGUUGGUGGAACCAACAUCUGCGUGAGAAAAUUCGACGUUGAAAUUGUUUACUCUCUGAUCAAAAAGCAUCACGUGACUCAUAUGUGCGGUGCUCCGGUUGUUCUCAACAUGCUAACUAACUCACCGGAUAAUAAACCGUUAGAGAAACCAGUUCAUAUUCUCACCGCCGGCGCACCGCCUCCAGCUGCGGUUCUCUUCCGCACGGAGUCGUUAGGGUUUACGGUGAGUCACGGGUAUGGAUUAACUGAAACCGGCGGGUUGAUUGUUUGUUGCACGUGGAAGAAGAAAUGGAAUUUGUUACCUGCGAAGGAGAGAGCAAGGUUGAAGUCACGGCAAGGAGUGAGGACGAUUGGAUUAACUAGAGUUGAUGUGGUGAGUCCCACCGGUGAAAGUGUGAAACGCGACGGAGUAACUUUAGGGGAGGUUGUUAUGAGAGGUGGUUGUGUUAUGUUAGGGUAUUUGAAGGAUCCCGAAGGAACCGCGAGUGCUAUGAAGAAUGGUUGGUUUUACACCGGUGAUGUUGGUGUGAUGCACGAGGAUGGGUAUUUGGAGAUUAAAGAUAGGUCGAAGGAUGUGAUUAUUAGCGGCGGUGAGAAUCUGAGUAGUGUAGAGGUUGAGUCCGUUUUGUAUGGACAUCCGGCGGUGAAUGAAGCGGCGGUUGUGGCGAGAGCUGAUGAGUUUUGGGGGGAAACGCCGUGUGCUUUUGUGAGUUUGAAAGAUGGGUUAAAAGAAAGCGAAAUACCGACGGAGAAAGAUAUAGUUGAGUACUGUAGAAAGAAUUUGCCGCAUUAUAUGGUUCCGAAAACGGUGGUGUUCAAGGAGGAGCUUCCAAAAACCUCUACGGGGAAGGUUCAGAAGUUUGUGCUUAGACAGAUUGCGAAGGAUAUGGGUCCAUUGAAAAAAAGUCGAUUGUGA